AUGGCCCACCUCUUCACAGUGGGAAAGCCUUGCUCGCUCCAUGCUGGUCUGUUUGCCCUGAGCCCCAAGCUCUGGGAGAUUGAGGACAUAGGACUGUCCCCAGAGGCAGGUACAGCCCAACGUGAGUCACUACUGCGCUAUCACAGGUCUUGCCUCUACUCAGCGAACGGGUGCGGGGCUGGGCCAGGGCCGCCGGGGGAGCGAGUGGGGCGGGGCCGCGGCGCCCGCUCCCUCCCCGCCGCCCGCCGCCUUCUCCGCCUCCCGCCGCUCGGGCUCAGAGCGGCGGCAGCAGCGGCCGCGGCGACAGCUCCGGCUCCCGCUCCCGAUCGGCCCUGCGCUCCCGGGCCCCGCGCCCCGACCCCGCCGCCGCGCCUGCCGGGGGCCUCGGGCGCCCCCGCCGCCCGCCUCACGCUGAAGUUCCUGGCCGUGCUGCUGGCCGCGGGCAUGCUGGCGUUCCUCGGUGCCGUCAUCUGCAUCAUCGCCAGCGUGCCCCUGGCGGCCAGCCCCGCACGGGCGCUGCCCGGCGGCACCGACAACGCCUCGGCCGCCGCGGGCGCCGCCGCGUCCCCGGGCCCGCAGCGCAGCCUGAGCGCGCUGCACGGCGCGAGCGCCUCGGCCGGGCCCUCGGCGCUGCCCGGGGCGCCGGCGGCCAGCGCCUACCCGCUGCCACCCGGGCCGCUCUUCAGCCGCUUCCUGUGCACGCCGCUGGCGGCCGCCUGCCCGUCGGGGACCGAGCAAGGGGACGCGGCGGGCGCGGCGCCGGGCGAGCGCGAAGAGCUGCUGCUGCUGCAGAGCACGGCGGAACAGCUGCGCCAGACGGCGCUGCAGCAGGAGGCGCGCAUCCGCGCGGACCAGGACACCAUCCGCGAGCUCACCGGCAAGCUGGGCCGCUGCGAGAGCGGCCUGCCGCGCGGCCUCCAGGACGCCGGGCCCCGCCGCGACACCAUGGCCGAUGGGGCCUGGGACUCGCCCGCGCUCAUCCUGGAGCUGGAGGACGCCGUGCGCGCCCUCCGGGACCGCAUAGACCGCAUCGAGCAGGAGCUCCCAGCCCACGUGAACCUCUCGGCCGCCCCGGCCCCCGCCCCCGUGGUGCCCACCGCCCUGAACUCCAAGAUGGACGAGCUGGAGGGGCAGCUGCUGGCCAAGGUGCUGGCGCUGGAGAAGGAACGCGUGGCCCUCAGUCACAGCAGCCACCGGCAGCGGCAGGAGGUGGAGAAGGAGCUGGACGCCCUGCAGGACCGCGUGGCUGAGCUGGAGCACGGGUCCUCGGCCUACAGCCCCCCGGACGCCUUCAAGAUCAGCAUCCCCAUCCGCAACAACUACAUGUACGGGCGGGUGCGCAAGGCGCUGCCCGAGCUCUACGCGUUCACCGCCUGCAUGUGGCUGCGGUCCAAGUCGGGCGGCACCGGCCAGGGCACCCCCUUCUCCUACUCGGUGCCUGGGCAGGCCAAUGAGAUCGUGCUGCUGGAGGCUGGCCACGAGCCCAUGGAGCUGCUGAUCAACGACAAGGUAGCCCAGCUGCCUCUGAGCCUGAAGGACAACAGCUGGCACCACAUCUGCAUCGCCUGGACCACAAGGGAUGGCCUGUGGUCUGCCUACCAGGAUGGGGAGCUGCGAGGCUCUGGGGAGAACCUGGCGGCCUGGCACCCCAUCAAGCCCCAUGGGAUCCUCAUCCUGGGCCAGGAGCAGGACACCCUCGGGGGCCGAUUUGAUGCCACCCAGGCCUUCGUUGGGGACAUCACCCAGUUUAACCUGUGGGACCAUGCCCUGACACCUGCCCAGGUCCUGGGCAUUGCCAACUGUACUGGGCCACUGCUGGGCAACGUCCUCCCCUGGGAGGACAAGCUGGUUGAGGCCUUCGGGGGUGCAACGAAGUCCUCCUUCGACGUGUGCAAGGGGCGAGCCAAGGCAUAA